CUGGCAGAAUAUUAGUGGGCACUAGUGACUGUGAAGCCCUGUUCGCGAACUGAUGCUGUCAGCCGCGCGAUCGAUGCAAAGGUUACAUUUUAUCCUAGCAUGUUACUUCAAGACGAAGACGCACUGCAGAGUUAGCUUGCUGAAAAAUAUCUGUUUACAAAAUGUGCAAAAUUAGAUUGACUGCCGUGGCUGUGUAGCAGGUGGCUGUUGGUGGAUGCAAGUUUGGGUUUUUGGAUUUGCACGGAUGCCCGUGUGUCUGUUUGCGCUCUCGCUAGUAAAGUGGCUUCAUGAGUGUCCAAAGUAACAGUGGAAGUGGUGGUGGAAGUUUGGAGGCGACGCCAUCUUGGUCGCAGCUAUCCUCGUCCCCAACGAUUAAUCAACAGCACAUAACGGCGAACGCCAAGACCAAGGAAGGUAAUUCAGCAACAAUGGCAUGCGUCGAAGUCAGUUCGAUGGGAAAUGCGGACUGUGUCCAGUUAUAUAGCCCCAAUUCGACGGAUUUAUGGAUGUCAAUGGAUGCUGCGAAUUGAUGGCUGAACCUUGCCAGCUACAGUCAGUACAGUAGCAAGCCAGCGUUAGCUACUAGCUAGCUUCGAUAGGUGUCAGCAUUCAACUACAGUAGAGCAAUGGAGAGCAUUAACAAUGGAAUAUUCAGACAGGAGCAGACAGGUUGAGUGGAAAACAAGUAGAAACAGGCUAGACCACUAGACCGACAGACACAGAUGACCAAGGCGUUGUCAUUGUUUAUGUAACUACCUAGCUAGGUUAGCUGUGUUGCAGAGACUAGCCAUCACUAAACAGCUGUGGGUGGUUGAAUGCCUUUCUUUGGCCUUAUGUCAAACAGCAGGGCUACUGCAAGUCAAUGCGAAUCCAUUGAGUUAUGAUGCAUUCAAAUGACUAAUAAUCAACAAGGAACAACACUUUCCUUUGUCAAAGUUUAUAUUCUGAUCACUUCAACAUCCGAACAAUGUGGUAUUGCUGUGGACAUAUUUACAGUGCUUGUCAGUGUUGUAUUACUUCCGUCUGGUUUCUCUUUACUUGAACCUCAUAAGGCUGGGGUUGUGUGUCAGACAUUUCAUGUUUUGUUGAUUGAUGGGGACAAAGUUCCACACUGGGCUGAACUUCACAGCUCAGCUGUAGAGACAGAGGCUCUGCUUGUCCAGUAGUGGUCUUACAGUCUAACAUACCGUUUUGACACCUGAUACAUAAAUGCAAUAGCUUGGCGCUGUCCAGAAGGUGUUCACUAAAUACAUAUUAUACAGCACGCAUAUAGAUACCAGAUAGACACAGACUAAAUAACUGAGUUGAUGUUGUGGGAGUGGUGAAAUGCACUGCACUCAAACAGUAUGCACUUAUCCAAUGUGCACUUAUCAGAAGUGGGCAGUAGUGUGAUAUAGUCUGAUGCAGUUUGCUGUAUCCUUACGUAGCCAUAUAUAGCUUCAUCUUAUGUUGUUGUGUAGGCCCCAUGGAGGAGCUGCACAGCCUGGACCCUCGCAGGCAGGAGCUUCUGGAGGCCAGGUUCAUGGGCGCGGUCAGCGGCAAUACCGUAGGAAGCACCGGCAGCGCCAGUGGGGGGGCCAAGGUGAGACGCGUUAUAAUGCAAUACUAUCUCAAUCAUAAAUACUAUAAUACACACAUGCAUGGUUUUACUCACACCAGACACACCCAAAAACUUUUUGAAAGGCGCACACAUAAAACACUGUAACAACUGUGCCUGAUUUCUCUGUAUAUCCAGGGUCUGGCCAACGAGUGCUCCAACAACAGCUAUGGCAGUUUGGGCUCCUCCAGUGACAAGGAGUCAGAGGUGAGACGCACUGCAGAGGCGCUGUCAGUGAGGGAGGCCGCUGUCCUCGUUUCAGUGAUUAGAUAUCACAGACACAUAGGUGGCUAACUCUCUGGUUUAAGAAAAUACACCAUUUUGUUUGUGUGGAGACAAACAGGGCAGGCAUUUUAUCUAUGUAUCCAUUUUAAUUUCUGGAACAAUGGACCGUUAAUAAGGACAAUUAUAUCUUAUUUUGUACUUGCAUGACCCACCUCAAUCUUUUCUUUCCUCCCUUUCUCACUCCCUCCUCACUCUCGUUCCUCCCUCGCUCACCCUCUCCUGACUCUCUUUCUAUGGUAUCUUUCUCUCCCUAGAACUCCGAUAUGAAGAGAGGGAGUUCUCCUGCAUACUCUGUACGUACUCUUCCUUCCUACUGUUCUGUCCCUCCCCCCUCACACACCCACAUAAACACACUCUCAUCCUAAGUGGACAUGCAAGUGUCAGAAAAGUGAUUUAGUAUUUGUUUAUUCUCAGACCCCUGAGAAGAAGCACUCUGAAUUGUCCAGAGGAAGGAAGAGGAAAGCUGACACCCAAUCUGAGAGCAGCCAAGGUAUGAUGCAUACCCAACACAACACUCAUGAACCUCAAUUCGACCUCGCAAAGUUCCUUCAUACUGGACACAGACAUAAAAAUGGUGUCUACGAGUUCAUCUGACUCUGGGAACUUUAACUUCUCAAAGUCUUGCCAUACAGGGCUUUGGUGCUACCGCUUGCCUUUCUCUGCCAUUUUUCCAACUGUUAACAAUGAUGACGUGGUGCAGAGUCGACUCCAAAGCAAUUCAUUCCUCGACUCCUUUCACGUCGACUCCCAGUGCCAACUCCCAUUUCUGAGUGUCAAGAUUCGAUUCCAAUAGGAAUCGACUCCUAAGAUUCGGUAAUUUUGGAACGGAGGAGACUGAUUAGUUGCCGUACUUACGAGAACACAAACACUUGCAUCUUUCAUAGCGAGCUAGCGGGGGACAGAAAGAGAGGGGAGGGGCACAGUAUAGGCAGGUCAGCCACCAGACAGACAGUCAGAACCGUGCACUAGGCCUAUCUAUCAGCAAUCAAAAGCUGUACAGUGAGGGAAAAAAGUAUUUGAUCCCCUGACGAUUUUGUACGUUUGCCCGCUGACAAAGAAAUGAUCAGUUAAUAAUUUUAAUGGUAGGUUUAUUUGAACAGUGAGAGACAGAAUAACAACAAAAAAAUCCAGAAAACCGCAUGUCAAAAAUGUUAUACAUUGAUUUGCAUUUCAAUGAGGGAAAUAAAUAUUUGACCCCCUCUAAAUCAGAAAGAUUUCUGGCUCCCAGGUGUCUUUUAUACAGGUAACGAGCUGAGAUUAGGAGCACACUCUUAAAGGGAGUGCUCCUAAUCUCAGUUUGUUACCUUUAUAAAAGACACCUGUCCACAGAAGCAGUCAAUCAGAUUCCAAACUCUCCACAAUGGCCAAGACCAAAGAGCUCUCCAAGGAUGUCAGGGACAAGAUUGUAGACCUACACACGGCUGGAAUGGGCUACAAGACCAUCGCCAAGUAGCUUGGUGAGAAGGUGACAACAGUUGGUGCGAUUAUUCGCAAAUGGAAGAAACACAAAAGACUGUCAAUGUUGUUUUUCUGCUAAGGGGACAGGACAACUUCACCGCAUCAAAGGGACGAUGGACGGGGCCAUGUACCGUCAAAUCUUGGGCAUUGGGCAUUGAAAAUGGGUCGUGGAUGGGUAUUCCAGCAUGACAAUGACCCAAAACACACGGCCAAGGCAACAAAGGAGUGGCUCAAGAAGAAGCACAUUAAGGUCCUGGAGUGGCCUAGCCAGUCUCCAGACCUUAAUCCCAUAGAAAAUCUGUGGAGGGAGCUGAAGGUUUGAGUUGCCAAACGUCAGCCUCGAAACCUUAAUGACUUGGAGAAGAUCUGCAAAGAGGAGUGGGACAAAAUCCCUCCUGAGAUGUGUGCAAACCUGGUGGCCAACUACAAGAAACGUCUGACCUCUGUGAUUGCCAACAAGGGUUUUGCCACCAAGUACUAAGUCAUGUUUUGCAGAGGGGUCAAAUACUUAUUUCCCUAAUUUAAAAUGCAAAUCAAUUUAUAACAUUUUUUACAUGCAUUUUUCUGGAUUUUUUUGUUGUUAUUCUGUCUCUCACUGUUCAAAUAAACCUACCAUUUAAAAUUAUAGACUGAUCAUGUCUUUGUCAGUGGGCAAACGUACAAAAUCAACAGGGGAUGAAAUACUUUUUUCCCUCAAUGUAUCUCGCAAUUUUUUCGCCUUGCAAUGUCGCGCAACUUCAGUAAAGCAGGGCCUAUCAUCAAUGAAUAGGCUAGGAUAUUGAGUGAGAUGCAACACUUCGCUCUCAAACAGUCACACACAGUAUCUGCGCAUGUGCACGGGUUCGCUUCACACUGUUCACAGCGUGGUAGCCAGGGCACCAAACAAAACAGCGGAGAAGUUGAGCCUCGCGCUUCUACGCUCUUAGUUGUGGGAAUUGACCCUCUGUUUACUUUCUGCAUCUACUUCAUAUCGCUGAAUGAGUCUACCUUUAAAUCACACAACUUUCUCCAGGCUUUUAUAGCCUAUAGUCUAGUUUUAAAAAAAUAACAUGUUGUGAUAACUGCACUGUGGUGUUAAUUUUGUGGCGGGGAAAAACAUGGUUUUCGGUUAAAUAUAUUUUUUGAAACGUUAAGGAUCCCAACUUCGUUUAAAUGUUCACAUCCCUAGUCCCUGAGUUGUGCUAUGUUGUGUAUGUUAUACUGUGUUAUGCAUUGCUAACCCACGGUAUCGGCUCUCCUCUCCUACAGGGAAGAAUUCCAUAAGGGGGCCCAAGAUCAGUGACUACUUUGAUGUGAGUGUUGUAUUAUGUAGUCGUUUCAGCCUCCUUGUUUAUAUGUACCUCUUUUGAGUUCUCCAUGGUGACGAUAAUCUGAUUGGGUCGGGGUUUAAUGAUUGAUUAAGCAGAUUGUGAUUGACUGACAGUCUGAAUUUCCCAUCUUGAGUCACUCUGCUAUUGCUGGGCUAUAUGUAUAUGAUGUCACUUCCUGUUCCUCACCCUGCUGUUUCCUGUGUGUAGUUCCAUGGGGGGAAUGGCUCCAGUCCAGUGAGGGCUCUACCACAGGUCCUCCGCUCACCGCAGAACUCACACCACGGAGCUCACUCUGCACCAGGCUCCAUCGUACGUAUACACACAAGCAGUAGGAGAUUUUUAGGUUUUGGUGUUUUAUCACAUUGUUUAUUACACUGUAUGUGUGUGUUGUCUCUAUAGAUCCGACAGAACAGUUCCUCUCCCACCAGUCUGUGUUUCAGCGAUCACCUGAUGAACUACAAAGCCUCCGCCAGCAAGUGUGUGCAGGUAAGACUCGCACGCUCUUUCUUUCCUCAUACUCUUCUCACAUCUACUUCUCUCUCGCUCCUCACAUGUCAAACACCUUCCCCUUUCUUUCUCUCCCCAGACAGAGUUGACAGGUCUGAAGCUUGCUGCUCUGGAGAGCAACAAGAGUCUGGACCUGGAGAAGAAAGAGGGACGCAUUGAUGACCUGCUCAGGGUGAGUUUACGUGCUAGUUACGGUGCUACAGGUGAUACUUAUAGGUUGUGUAUUGAUUGUAUUGAUUAGCUAUUGAUAUUUACUGGUUUUCUUGUAGGCUAACUGUGACCUGAGGCGCCAGGUAGAUGAACAGCAGAAACUACUGGAGAAAUACAAGGAGAGACUGAACAAAUGCAUCACCAUGAGCAAGAAACUACUCAUUGAGAAGGUACCAAGUUAGUUUGUGUUUGCGCGUGUUACUGACGUGUCCGUAUGAACUUGCAUGUGUAACCCGUGUGUGUAUGUUUUUGUAGAGCACCCAGGAGAAACAGUCGUGCAGAGAGAAGAGCAUGCAGGACCGUCUGAGACUGGGUCACUUCACCACCGUAAGACAUGGAGCCUCCUACACUGAACAGUGGACCGACGGAUACGCGUUUCAGAACCUUGUCAAGUGAGAACACACACACUGCACCAAACAACAUAUAUUUACAUUAGGGACGCAACUUUAGGUCAAUUUUGCUGCUGUCUAACCAACCCUCAUUAACCGGUUAACAAACGGUUAAAUUUGUUCCAAAUAGUAUAAUGAGGUGACCAACAGAAAAUCCUUUCCAUACGGAAUGGAAAAUGUUCAUUAAAAGCUUAAUUGAAACGUGCAACAGUAGCAAGCCAAUCCUCUCACAUUCAAAUGGCUGUGUUAUUGAACAUACAACUACUGAAAUGAAGCAGCCAAUGUAAAACAUCAUUUCAGACAUUUGCCAAAAUGCAAUUCACGGGAAAACACUGUUUUAAAUAGCGCACCUUAUGCGAGCGGUUCCAUAUGACAGAGAUAAAAAUCAAUUAUUGGUUCGAUACUGUGACCAAAACAAUCGCAUUUGAGACCGUUUGACUUGGCAGUGCGACACAAACGUUUUAUUGGUCGUAAGGGUGCCAGUGAUAUUAAUUUUUUACCUGGUCACAUUACUUUUUGGUUUUGUGUAAAUGUUCUCUCCGCCAAUAAGAGGGGUGUGAACAGUUUGGGGUCGCAUGUGUUGCGAGGUGGGGGUUUGUUACUACGCCGAUAAAAGACUAUAUCCAUCCGGACCUUUGCCACCUAAGAAAUGUGUGACUGGACCUUGACAAAUAGUACUUGAGUACCUCUGGUGUAGUAGAAUUGUAUGAAAUGUGUUUAUAAAAGGCCAAGAAACGUAUCUGAUAUAGCCUAGGCUUAUUCUACACCACGCACGCUCAGCCAUGCAUUGAACGGUAUUUUUUGCUAACAGUCAUUGAGUUAUAUUAUUUGCCUAAAUUAUGACUAUCCAAUCUACUCAUCACAUUAGGAAUAGAAUAGUAGGCUAUCUUACAUAAGUCUACAAAUGCGAUGAUGCAUGGAAUGCUUAAAAAUAUAUGUACAGUACCAGUCAAAAGUUUGGACACCUACUCAUUCCAGGGUUUUUCUUUAUUUUUACUAUUUUCUACAUUGUAGAAUAAUAGUGAAGACAUCAAAACUAUGAAAUAACACAUAUGGAAUCAUGUAGUGACCAAAAAUGUGAUAAACCAAUUCAAAAUAUAUUUUAUAUUUGAGAUUCUUCAAAUAGCCACCCUUUGCCUUGACGACAGCUUUGCACACUCUUGGCAUUCUCUCAACCAGCUUCACCUGGAAUGCUUUUUCCAACAGUCUUGAAGGAGUUCCCACAUAUGCUGAGCACUUGUUGGCUGCUUUUCCUUCACUCUGCCGUCCGACUCAUCCCAAACCAUCUCAAAUGGGUUGAGGUCGGGGGAUUGUGGAGGCCAGGUCAUCUGAUGCAGCUCUCCAGCACUCUCCUUCUUGGUAAAAUAGCCCUUACACAGCCUGGAGUUGUGUUGGGUCAUUGUCCUGUUGAAAAACAAAUGAGAUUCCCACUAAGCCCAAACCAGAUGGGAUGGCAUAUCGCUGCAGAAUGCUGUGGUAGCCAUGCUGGUUAAGUGUGCCUUGAAUUCUAAAUAAAUCACAGACAGUGUCACCAGCAAAGCACCCCCACACCAUCACACCUCCUCCAUGCUUUACAGUGGGAAAUACACAUGUGGAGAUCAUCCGUUCACCCACACCGCGUCUCACAAAGCCACGGCGGUUGGAACCAAAAAUCUAAAAUUUGGACCAAAAGACACAUUUCCACCGGUUUAAUGUCCAUUGCUCGUGUUUCUUGGCCCAUGCAGGUCUCUUCUUAUUGGUGUCCUUUAGUAGUGGUUUCUUUGCAGCAAUUUGACCAUGAAGGCCUGAUUCACACAGUCCCCUCUGAACAGUUGAUGUUGAGAUGUGUCUGUUACUUGAGCUCUGUGAAGCAUGUAUUUGGGCUGCAAUCUGAGGUGCAGUUAACUCUAAUGAACUUAUCCUCUGCAGCAGAGGUAACUCUGGGUCUUCCAUUCCUGUGGCAGUCCUCAUGAGAGCCAGUUUCAUCAUAGCGCUUGAUGGUUUUUGCGACUGCACUUGAAGAAACUUUCAAAGUUCUUGAAAUGUUCCGUAUUGACUGACCUUCAUGUCUUAAAGUAAUGAUGGACUGUCGUUUCUCUUUGCUUAUUUGAGCUGUUCUUGCCAUAAUAUGGACUUUGUCUUUUACCAAAUAGGGCUAUCUUCUGUAUACCCCCCCUACCUUGUCACAACACAACUGACUGGCUCAAACGCAUUAAGAAGGAAAGAAAUUCCACAAAUUAACUUUUAAGAAGGCACACCUGUUAAUUGAAAUGCAUUCCAGGUGACCUCAUGAAGCUGGUUGAGAGAAUGCCAAGAGUGUGCAAAGCUGUCAUCAAGGCAAAGGGUGGCUAUUUGAAAAAAUCUCAAAUAUAUUUAACACUUUUUUUUGGGGUUACUACAUGAUUCCAGAGCAUAAUGAAACUAACACUUUUAUACGUGCUAUGACCUUAUUACCUGCUAAAAUACUUAAUGACCCUCUUCUCUGUGUAGGCAGCAGGAGGGUAUCAACCAGCAGAGAGAGGAGAUAGAGCGUCAGAGGAAGCUGCUGGCCAAGAGGAAGCCCCCCAACCCCUCCUCCCCCUCCCUCUCCCUAGCAACCACCUCUGAACCCAAACAACGCAAGACCAAGGUCGUCAACGGCAACGACCCCGACCCGUUCCUCAAACCCUCCCUGCCCCAGAUGUGAGUGUACACACACACACAGGCAUGCAAGUGUAUGGACAGAUGCAUACACACUCACACUGUUGCGAUGUUGGUGCAGUGACAUUAAAUCAACCAUUUGUUAGGUUGACUCUGGCUGAGUAUCACGAGCAGGAGGAGAUCUUCAAGCUUCGCCUGGGACACCUGAAGAAGGUCAGAGUCAAUAUGAACACAAACACGUUUGUAAAAAAACACUAUAGUCCGAAUCCCAAAAUGAAUACGAUUGACUGAGUGACUGUCUCUCAGGAGGAGGCAGAGAUCCAGGCAGAGCUGGAGCGGUUAGAGAGGGUGAGGAACCUCCACAUCAGAGAGCUGAAGAGGAUCAACAACGAGGACAGCUCAUCGUAAGUACAGGACAGGAAGACGCAAUCAUAUAGGAACUCCUAACACCUCCAUUGUGCCCCGGUGCAAAACCCAUCCCUGGGACCUACCUACCCGUAGGCCAGUAGCUAUAGUGUCGCUGACUGGCCAGUUCAUAGUCUACUUUCUAGGUAUUUGUAAGAGAAAGUUCUUGUAGAUGUAAUUUGGUAAAUAAACCCUAUAUGUUGUAUGAAGAAAAUUGUUCAGCUUGUGCUGUAUGUCUGUCAGGUUUAAAGACCACCCAACUCUGAACGAGAGGUACCUGCUACUGCAUCUGCUGGGCAGAGGAGGCUUCAGUGAGGUCUAUAAGGUACGGAUUGACUACUAGUAUGUGCUUGUGAAUGAUUAUUAAUAGAUUCUAGAUCCAUACUGUACUUGUGUUUCUGAUGUGUGUGUUCUGUGUCUUCAGGCCUUUGACCUGUUUGAGCAGCGCUAUGCAGCUGUUAAAAUCCACCAGCUCAACAAGAACUGGAGAGAGGAGAAGAAGGAGAACUAUCACAAGUAUGUCCCGUCUGCUCUGACCAGGCAAUGUUAUUAGACGCAGAAUUUCCAACCCACAUUAUACCAUUCGUAAACAUUCUUUGACCAGACUUACAUACACACAAUAUUGUUUCCUGUCCCAGACAUGCCUGUAGAGAGUAUCGGAUACACAAACAGCUGGACCAUCCCAGAAUAGUGAAACUGUACGACUACUUCUCCCUGGAUACAGACACGUAAGUGACUUUUUACCCCAAACCUAAAUUAGUUCAGGUCUUUCACAUCAGUGCAGAUAAAGGAGAGGAGACGUGGAGAGGAAGGAAUUGUAGACCGUUGAGAUGCCUUUUAGUUUAUAGUUAAUGGAGUCCAUUGUCAUCUCUCUGUCCCACUCUAGGUUCUGUACGGUUCUAGAGUUCUGUGAGGGGAACGACUUGGACUUCUAUCUGAAACAGAACAAGCUGAUGUCAGAGAAGGAGGCGCGGUCUAUCGUCAUGCAGAUAGUCAACGCCCUGCGAUACCUCAACGAGAUCAAACCCCCCAUCAUACACUAUGACCUCAAACCAGGUACACACACACACUUGUUCACAUACUCACUCAUGUUUGUAUAGGAAACAUAGACAUACACACACACUCAACUUACACACUGCCGUUUGUGUAGGUAACAUCUUGCUGGUGGAUGGGACUGCGUGUGGCGAGAUAAAGAUCACAGACUUUGGGCUGUCUAAGAUCAUGGACGAUGACAACUAUGGAGUGGACGGCAUGGACCUUACCUCACAGGGAGCUGGCACAUACUGGUGACACACACAAACACACACGCACGCAACACACAUCACACACAAGCGGUUAUAUUAGGUGUUUUCUUGGGUAUAUUGCCUUCAUGUUAUUCCAAUCCUCUUGUCUAGGUACCUUCCCCCAGAGUGUUUUGUGGUGGGCAAGGAGCCUCCUAAGAUCUCUAACAAGGUGGACGUCUGGUCGGUAGGGGUAAUCUUCUUCCAGUGCCUCUAUGGACGGAAGGUAAGCCCACUUAUUAUGGCCCCUUUUGAAGUAGCACUCUUCUGAAGGUGCAAACACCUGACCCUAUUAGACAAAAAAGCAUAACAUAGUCUAACAUUGAUUUGUGUGUGUGUUCCUGCAGCCGUUUGGCCACAACCAGUCUCAGCAGGACAUUCUUCAGGAGAACACCAUCCUCAAAGCCACUGAGGUUCAGUUCCCUGCCAAGCCCCAGGCCAGCACAGAGGCUAAGGUGAGACGCGCACACAUACACACACACACACACAGGCUAGCAAGCCAAGGUGAAUAAUACUCACUAGUGUUCCUCUGAAUUGUACACGCAUCAGUUGACUUUGAAAUGUACAUUUGUCAGGACAUGUCUGAAUGUGACUAGUACAGACAAAAGCUUGAUAAGCUGAUCCUUAUUCCAUAUAUAAACUAACAUCCCUCUCUGUGUAUCAGGCAUUUAUCCGGCGCUGUCUGGCCUACCGUAAGGAGGAUCGAUUCGACGUUCACCAGCUGGGCACUGACACAUACCUUCUCCCUCACAUGAGACGCUCCAACUCCUCUGGCUCUCUUCAGCCCGCCUCCUCCUCAAUCUCCUCCUACUGACGGGCUGAUGAACAUGACUGACAGGCCCACUGGCCAAUCCUGGAGCAGAAUUGAUCCUAAUAUGGGAAAUGGCAUGGCGUUGGGUUUUCAAAAUCCCCCGGACGCUGUGAAAGGAUCAGGAAUGUGAAUUUGUUUGGCUGAAUAGAAUGAAAUGGAUGACAGGUUGUGAGAUGGGGAAAGAUGGAAAGAGAGAGGGGGAGGGGAGGGGGGGCAGAAGUGGAGACACUUUCAACGUUGCCAAGAAGCUUUGCAGAAACGUUACACUGUUGUGAUCUUGAACGUGAACCUGGUUUUGAGAGAGAUGAGGAAGAGGAAGCUCUACCCAUUUUGUAUGCCAUUGGACAGGCUGUGCCUGUUGCCAUGAGGACUUAAUAGAGUGGGGCUAGGCCACACCCCUUG